AUGGAAGAGAGAGAAAGAGGAAGGAGCGGAGAGCGGGGGCAGCUCCAUCUCCACCGCUCUCCGCUCUCCGCUGGCAGAAAAAGAGCAUUUCCGCCGCCAGGCGUUUCGUGGCUUAUUAUUCUUGUCGUUCCAGCGCUGGGAGUGCAAGAAGAAACCCAGCAGCGAUGGCCUUGCCUGCAAUGCAAUGCACAUCAAGGUAGCCGCCGUCUCGGGAACAGGCCAGAGGAAGAAAACUCUAUGUUAAUGCAGAGGGAUAGAUGGCAUAGAAUAAAACAAAACAAGAACAAAAAAAAAAAAAAUAGAAAUGGAGCAAGAUAUGGAUUGCCUUACCUUCUCGACGUCUUGGACGUGGCGCAUGAUGCUGCUGGAGAUGGUGCUGAUGCUGCUGCUGCUGCUGCUGCUGAUGCUGAUACUGGUGCUGCUGUCGAGGUGGAAGAGACGAGCUGUGGGCUUCUCGAGGCCUACCGUACGUCGAAUGUCGAAGGCCAUACGCUGACUGUGACGGAUCCAUUGGGAAACCGGGGAGUUGUAUAUGUUCUUGAGCGUGUUUUCCAACUAACGCCGCUUCAGGUCGAAAGAUUUUCAGCGCAGUUUGUAAGGACUGCUUUUCUUUUUUCCCUUCUGCCUCCCCUUCUCCUUUCUUUUUCCUCCUAUUAA